AUGGCCUUUGCAAGGAAGGUGACUGAGAAGAGGCAUAACCCGGUGGAAAGCAUCUGCAGAAAAAUCAGAGCCAUCCGAAAGAGAGAAGAGCUUUCAAAUCCGAGCCAACAGAUCAUCAAAUACCAAUCCAGCAGUUUUGAGAGUCCGCAGACUAACACCAGGAAGGAUCUUGAAGAGGUACUGAAGAAAAUGACUGCCGCUUACGUCCCCACACCCUGCACUCACUUCUCAGGUUCUGAGAAGGACGCCGCCUUCAUUCCAUCUCCUCAAACAGUGUCUUCACGCACCCCGUCCGGCUCUCAUCUCGGCCCCCCCGAGGAUGCAGCAUGCUCUACCCUCACAAGCUCUGAAAAGAUCUCAAGGCUGAGAUGGCAGGGCUCCCAGAAUCACACAUCGCUGGUAUCACAGAUCGGAAAGGGGGACCCCUUCUCCACCAAGGACUUGGCUACUUAUCAUAGUGGAAAUCAUUUUAGUAUCUUAAAACCUGACUUUGAUUCCACCUCUGAUCAAAGUUCUGACAUUUUUACUCCUCCGGAUUCAGUGGUGAAAAAGGGGUCUCUGAAUGAAGAUGGAUGGAAGUUGGGAGCUGAAGGCAGCGGGGGAGACGUCACGCACAGCAUUGGCAGGACCUGUGAGGAGUUCUUCACGAGUGUUUUUCAGGCGUGUGACACACAGCACAGAGGCUCAGUAAGAAUUGCCAAAAUAAUAGAUUACCUAGGACAAACAGCUAGUCAAGAUUCUAAAGAUGGAGUCUUCGAGGAGCUAUGGAACAUGGUUGAUCCUGAGAAGAGAGACCUGCAGGUGGAUCUGGAGACAUUCCAUGCCGUCGUGCGAGAAUGGGUGGCUUGCUGUGGAAACAAACGGGAAGGAGUGAAUAGCGGACCAGGCAGCAGCAGUGAUGAUUCUGCUCUUGAACAGGACAGCAUAAAAUCAGGGAGAGCAAUUCAGCUGACCACAGAUGUAACGGAGUCUGCAUCAGGGAGCUUCGAGGCUUUGGGCAGAGACAUGUCUAACGGAGUCUUAGAGAUGCCUGACUUGAUUACCUAUGUAGCAGAUCUGCAUUUCAACAAGCAGAAAUUGGAGGAGGAAAAUAAUAAGCUUAGCUUGGCAUUGGAAACCUUGGAAGAAGCUAACAGCCAGUUAUCAGAGGACUGUACUGAAUUGCGCCUUCAGAUAAAAAGUGCCCACCAGGCUAUUAUGAGAACAAGUCUGUUACAAGAAGAACUAGAGGAACUGAAAACUAGUAUGAGUGCUUCAGAAGAGCAGAAGACCACAGUGGUAGCCCAGAACAAACAAUUAGAGACAGAAAACCGGGCUCUGAUUCUAAAGAUUCGGAUUCUCCAGGAGGAGAAUACCAAGAAUAUUAUGGAUAUAUAUGCAUUGGAAAAAAAUAUUGAGGAAUUGUCUAAAACUGAGGCAGAGCACCAAAUGCAGUUACGCAUGUAUGAGAUCACUUUGCUCAAUAAAGAUGCAAGUUUGCAGAAGAAGGAUUUAAGUAUAGAAGAACUUAAGGCAACCAUCAUAGAAUAUGGCAGCAUUAUAGAGAAUGUACGAGGAGAAAAAAACAAACUGGCUCAUGAGUUACAGCACCUGCAACAGGAACUCAUCAUGAAUGGGAUCCAGUUGAAUUCCAGUGGAGAACAUAAGAGUAUCAUCUCCAAAGGAGAAAAAUCUUUACAUUGUGAACUCAUUCUUGCUCAGUCAGCAGAGAACACUGAAACUGAGUGGCAGUGCAGCUUAAUCAGCUUGUCACCUCUGGACAUGAUGAUGGACCGAGAAAUGCUGCUGUUACCGAGAGAGCUUGAGCAAAAGGGGGUGGAAUGUACAGCUGCUGUUCGGAUGCUGCAUGAAGCAGUUUCUGAAGUGGAAACCUUCACUGACAGCUCGCUACAGUGGGUAACUAAUCCAGAAAUUACUGUGAGAGAAAAGUGGGAGGACAAGCUUAUGGAAUUCAAAUAUGCCAUGGAAGAGAAACUAAAUCUUUGCAUAUUAAUGUUGAAGAGCUUGGGAAACCACAAAGAGUCUCUUGACAAAGAGUUUGUCAAAUUGAUAGAGAUUUUGAAGAGAUUCAGGCUGGAAUAUUUUCAUUUCAGAAAAGAAUAUCUUUCCAGUCAGAAACAACUAGAAGCCAUCAAACAGCUGCCAGAAGAUGCUGUCCCCCAGGAAGCCAUCCUCAGGAAGAAGGUCCAAGACGCCAGCCCCGGGCAAGAGGAAGCUGAGGAGCAGGUUGAGGACCGAGAUGGCACAGCCCGCUCAGCCAGUGAAAAAGCGAGGUCUUUGCUGCAUAAAUUAGAGGAAGCAAUCUCGGAACAACUGAGUCUCCAGACUAUAAAUACUGAGUUAGUGAACACUUGCCAGGCGCUGGAGCAGAAGACACGAAAAUUGAAAACAACAAUCAAGUCACUAAGAAAGAAGUUAAUUAAAGGACGACUCCACGGCCUGCUAGUUCAGAGCUGUUUAGAUGAGAAAUUUCCUAGUUAUGAUCCCUCGUCCUGCACAGAUACGGUUCAACAACAUCUUCAAGAACAACUGAAACAGUGUUGCCAUAAACGAUAUAGUGAUCAAGAAGCAAGAAUACAUAAGACACCCCUGAUCUUCAAACAUACAUGCUGGUACACACCUCUGCUGGAUGCCUUGCAUCUGGAUAGUCUUUCACUGAUUCCAAAGCUGUCAUUGGCACCUUUGUCAUGUAUAGCUAACCAAGUCCAUGCUUCCGGCGGAAGGCCCGAAGAUGGGAAAAUAGAGGAUGGUGCUUUGGAUGUGACUAGAAUACACAAACUCAUGUUCCCUAAGAAAAGCUCAGAAAUGUCAGAGGAGUUUAUGAACACGGUCCACCUGUAUGACAUUCCGGUUCUGUAUGAGUGUGAGGAAGCAAGACUUUGA